AUGCAGCUCCGGCCAAGCUAUGAGAGGUGAGGGGUGUCUGUGUUUAUAAACUCUGCGGCUCUCCCACAUUCCCACAGAGCGGUCCUGGCUGCAGUAAUAGUAGGACAUGGUCUGCGGGUUACCAGGAGCUGGGCACCGUGUGCACAAAGAAAGAGUGUUUUAUUUGGAGAAAACCCUCUGUGUGCAGUUAUAUUCAAUAACCUCCAGAUAGAAUGUGUGGUUGUGAUAUAUAUAUAUAUAUUAUAAUAAUUAUUAUUAUUAUUAUUAUAUCUCUGCCUGUCUGAAAUUAAUAAAGUGACACCUCUUUGGCAAGGUGUAUUUAAAGGGACACAAUAGUCAUCAGAAACACUACGGCUCAAAGGGACCGUGUAGGCACCAUGACAAAUUCAUCUAAAUUAAGUUAUGGUGCCAAGAGGCCCCUGGGUGCACUCUCCAAAGUGUGCCUCCACCCCCCAACCAUUAUUUUUAACUCUUUAUCGGUUCAUGUAUAUCAAGUUACAUUUGCAGAGGUUAAGACAAGUAAUAGGUAUAACAUGCAUUGGAUGACAGCGAGUUAUCACAGGUAUGGCGGUUUAACAAGUUUCAUAUUGGGUAAUGUACAGGUACAGCUAGGUAGUGCACAGUUAUGGUACAGCAUAUCACUAGCAUCUAGGUUGGCAGGCCUGUCGGGAGGUACUGACUUUUUAUACACUGCUCAGCCAUAACAUUAAAACCUCCUGAAAUGGUUAACAUUGAUUAUAUAUCGUUACAGUGACACCUGUCAAGGGAUAAGAUAUUUUAGGCAACAAGAGAAAAGUGAGUUCUUGAAUGCAUGCAUUUGGAAGCAACAGAAAAUGGCAAGCGAAAAGGUCGGAAUCACUUUGACUAGGACCAAAUAGUGAUGACUGAGUCAUAGUCACAGGCGCCCAAUGCAUGGGGAGCAAAAGCUAGCCCUUCAGGUCCAAUUACGCAGAAAAGCUGCUGUAGCUCAAAUUGUUGUAAACCUUUGUGCAUCAGAGUUUGCUGUGUUUGGGGCUGCACAGAGUGCCAAUGAUGACCCCCCCCCAUCCACUACUGAAAGCGCCUUCAGUUGGGACAUGAGUGUCAGAACGGGGACCAUGGAUCAAUUGAAGAAGCUUGCUUAUGCUGGUGAAUCAGGUUUUCUUUUAGAUUAGGUGGAUGACUGGGUGCAUGUGCAUUGUUUGCCUGGGGAAGAGAUGGCAACAGGAUACAAUAUGGGAAGAAAGCAGGCUGGCAAAGGCAGUGUUAUGCUCUGGGCAAUGUUCUCCUGGGAAACCUUGGAUCCUGGCAUUCAUGUGGAUGUUACUUUGACACGUACCACCUACCUAGAGAUUGUUGCAGACCACAUACCCUCCUUCAUGGCAAUAGUUUUUCCCUGAUGUUGGCAGCCUCUUUGAUAGUUAUAGUGUACACUAUCACACUGCAAAAAUGGUUUGAGGGACACGACAAAGAGUUGUUGAUCAUCUGUGGCAUGUGCUGAAACAGAUCUAAUCCAUGGAGGCCCCACCUUGCUACUUGCAGACGCUAAAGCAUCUGGUGCUCAUAUCUUGGUUUCAGAGGUCUUGUGGAGUCCAUGCCUUAACACAUCAGACCUGUUUUUGCAGCAGGAGGGGGACCAACAUGAUAUUAAGCAGAAAGUGUUUUUGUUUUUAAAUAUUCUUUAUUUACAGGAGAUAGUCCGUAAGAUAUGCGGCAUGCAGUAGAUACAAAAUCCAUAGCAUACGUCAUCCCUGGGAAGUAGGAAUGUAUAAUAAUGAAUAUAAGAUUACAUCAUACAUAUCACAGGUCUGAUAUGUACUUCAAACUGCUCUCAAAGUCUAUGUAUUUAUUUUUUGAGAAGUCAUAAACAAAGAAAACUUAGAGGGAUAAUUUACAGGGAGGUCCGCAGUGUGUGGUCCCUGACCUAGAGAUACUCCACAUACCUAAUUCCCAUUACUUAUAUAUUCCUACCAAGGAUCUCAGACUUUGGAAAAGAAGGAGGAAGAGGAGUGCCUAACUUUUGAGGUCCAUUCGUCCAUAACUACAUUUUCUUGAAUAUAUGAAAUAACCUCUUGCAAUGGAGGUCGGUCAAUUUUAAGCCACCCGGCCGCAAGAGCAGUACAAGUGUUAGUAGAUUAAUUUCUGAGUAUGUCCGAGGAACCCCUCAAUAGGCCAUGAAAGCAGAGAAGUCAAUUGGUCUCUGAAGGACCACCACCACUUUGCCUUUUUAACUCUUUCAGAACCCACGUUAUUUUUGGACAAUGCCACCACAUAUGUUAAUAUGUGCCUCCAUGGCCGCAUAGCUGCCAGCAGAGGUCAGUCCGAUUCCUUCCUAUUCUACUCAACAGGGGGUUACAGGCCACUAGAACAAUAUUUUAAACUCCUGCCACUGUGAGAAUAUACAUGUGGAUAUUUUGGAAGCUGCUUCCCAAAAAGGUAGGUAGAUUUAGUGUUGUGGCUGAUCAGUAUACAUAAGUUUUAUUAACAUGACUCUCUAUUUCUUGUAUUCCAGUCUGCAGCUGCUGCCUCUGCUCUUACCCGCCUGCAUGCCUGACGUCAUCAGAAGUGAUUCUGUGAGCCACCCAAAGGAAUGGCUGUGACUGUCAAGGAGGCAGAUCGGGGGCAGAGCAAGCCCAAGUCAAACACAGCCCUAGCGAAUCAGCAUCUCCUCAUAGAGAUGAAUUGAAUCAAUGCAUCUCUAUUAGGAAAGUUUAGUGCCUGCAUGCAGAAGGUGGAGACACUAAAUGGCAGUAAUGCCUCAGGAAGCACCUCUAGUAGCCAUCUGAGGCGUGGCCAGUGGAGUUAUGCCUAAGUUUUAAUGUAAACACUGGGUUUUUGCUGAAAAUACAGUGUUUACUGCAAAAGGCCUGAAAUACAAUAAGCUGUAGUUGUUCUUGUGAAUAUAGUGUCCCUUUAACAUCUUAUUGAAAAUAAACGGAAACAAAAGUAAUGCAACCCCUAAAUGACAAAGAAUUGAGCAGUGAGACUGCAGGGGCUUAAUCUACACACACAAACUGCUUAAUUAAGCUAAAGUUGUUUUGAUGCCUAUAGUGUCUGUUUUUAACAUUUCCCUAUUGCCCUUUGUUGCAUUUAUUGAUUCAUUCUCUUUUAUUGUUUAGGAAAUGUAGCAGUGAGGCCAGCAACUUCAAAGAGAAAAAUUCACUCACCAUGCAUACAAACUCUGGGCAUCCCCUUCAUCAGACUGGCAAUGGUGAAAGUUCUUCAGUCUGCCUGACCCUUCCUCCUAUCAGACACCCUGCUGAAGGGUCAAGUAUGACAGGAGAUGUGGCUGUAGAGAUGCACUCCACAGAUUCUGACAGUGGACCAAGAUCUGGUUCCAGACAAGCUAGAGCAAACCCUCAUGGACGUUUUCAGAAUAAACACAGCCAUGUGCAUACUCAGUCUCAUGAAACAGGUGGGACAGAGGCUCCGAAUAAUACAGAUUCAAGAGAAAACAGCAGCAGUAUCUCAGAGGCCCUGCACUUCUAUCCGUGGUUGGAAAAAAGCUUUCCAUAUAUCUUAAUCUUCGGUGCCAAACUUAUUGUACAGCACAUAACAGGUACUUCUCUAUUUCUGUGUAAAGCGCCGACGUGCGCCGACGUGGAGCCUUGCAAAUGAAAUCACUGCUGUUUCUGAUAAACUGCAUUGUUUAUAUUUCGCAAAUUCCACAAUUCCUAAUUCGAUAGACAAUCGCUAGGAACUCCAGGCUGCAAUAGAUUCCGUUAUUGAAUGUGUUUGAUGUCAUCACCAUGCAAAGUAUGCUGACAUCGGAUCAUGCCUGUGUCAAAUGCUUCCUAUGAGAAGCAUUGGAUUCUGUGUUUCUACUUACAGAAGCUUUGGAUUUUCAGAUUGCAACAAUUGCUGCUCACAUGCCAUGCAUCCUCAUUGCUUCUGUAUUAGAAAUUUUGAAGAGGAGUCUGUCCUGGCUCUGGAAUGUGUAAACCCUUGAAAUGCAAUAUCUAAAAGGCAAGCAAAAGCAAGGGGGGACUCAAAUCCUCCUCUUUAUAUGCACUUGCCACAUAUUGUACCUACAGUAUUUUCAAACAACAUUAAGAAGAUUAUUAUAAUAUAUAUUAUCCAACAAAAUACAGUGUAGCUGCAAAAUUAGCCACUGUAAGUAGCUCUGCCUCACAUAGCAAGACAGACUGAUAAAUAUGAUAAACCAUAUAUGUGCUUAUGUGUAUAAACAACAUAUCAACACUAUUAUUCAUGUAACUAGUGAUGAAAAUAUGUGGAAAUUAAAAAUGGUCUACAUAUGUCUGAACAUACAUACAAGAUAUAAUAAAAGUGUGUGUAAAAUAUAUAUAUAUAUAUAUAUAUAUAUAUAUAUAUAUAUAUAUAUAUAUAUAUAUAUAUAUUGUGUGUGUGUGUUUGAAUUUUUAGACAUAUGUAGACCAUUUUUAAAUAUUUUUUUUGAUCUUGUUAUAUUUAGAUUUAGUAAAGUAAACCCAUAAUAUUAAAACCAUCUAUAUAUGCAGUGAUGGAUAACUGAAAACCAAUCAAAUCAAUCACUGAAAAAAAUAAUAUAAUAAAGUACAUACAAAAUGUAAUACUGAGCAACAACAUAUGAAAUUCUAUACAAAUAUUUAUAGAAUAAUUUGACCAUAAAAUAAACUUAAUUAUAAUUCAAGUGGUACAUACUGCUAAAUCCAAAUGUUUAUUUAGACCACUCUACUUUUUAAGUGUCUAAUUGGUAGAUCCAAUAUGUUUCUCUCUGCCUGAGUAUAAGCAAUCUGUCUCCUCCUCUGUCUCUAGGUGGGAUUUGUUUUAAACCUUAUACUAUACUAACUUCAAACUAUAUAUACUAUAAACCUUAUACUUUAUCACUAUUUUGACUUGUUAAAAAAAAUAUAAACCAUAAUUCCAUAUUUGUUUUGAUUUGGCUAAUAUGGCCCUAUGUUGCUCCAAAACCUUUUCCUUUAGUGGUCUAUACGUACGAUCCACAUAUUGACUGCCACAAGGGCAUUCUAUUCAAAUCCAAAUUUACUAUCACACUUAAUGAUACUGUUUAAAGUACAUUUCUUGUCUGGUGUACUUCUUCCAGUGUUUAAUUAUUCCCUCGAGGUACAUACUUGCGCAUUUUAUAUCCUUUCCUCCCACAUGGAUACGUGCCUUUCACAUAAUAAAAAUUAUUUGUUUGUUUAUACCAUUAAAAUUCUUAAUUUUACUGGGGCCAAAAGAUUUUUAAUUGUGGUGUUUCGUCUAUGUACCACUCUUUGCAUACGAUCACUGCUUUCAAAAAGGUAUCCUGUUGUAGGACACUCCAAUGCUUCUCUGUGAUUUUUUUUUUUUUUUUUUUUGAUGUGGCUUGCUCUUGCAUUAUACGUAGUGCAAAAAAUGGUUCUUUCUCAAAAUUGUAUCAUUUUUUUGGCAUCCCUGAAUCCUUCUGCAAAAGAGAUUCUCUACUCCAUAUGUCUUACUUCUAUUAGUGUAUUAUUUAAUGACUGUGGAUCAUAAUAGUUCUCUAAAAAUCUACAAAAAUCUUCCAUUCACUUUCUACAUCUUCCGUUCUGCUACAGUUUCUUUUUAAUCUCAUGUAUUGACUUAUAGAAUUUUUAUUUUUUAUCUUUGAUGGAAUAUGUUGCUUAAAAAUCUUCCUUUUAAAAUGUCAUCAGGGAUUCAUUAUACAUAUGUUUUUGUUGAGGUGUGUAAUUUUCGGAACACUUAUGAGACCAGUGUUCCGUAAAGGGCUGUAUCUUGUCUAGCCUGUCAUACAAUGUGUCAUCUCUAGGGAGCACUGUAAUUGUUACAGUGUAGGAUAAUUGCUGCAUUUUUUGUCAAAUGAAUCCCUCUUCAUAACUUCAGAUAAAAGAAACCAAGAUGGGAUACUUGUGCCAGUGGGACAUUACGCUGGAGUUUUUGGGGUUUUUUUGGGAGGGGGUUAGUGGGAUUCCAUUAUAAUUGUCCUCUACCCAUUACUAGGGUCAGUGCCUUUCAAUAUUUGUUAUUUCUUUAAUGGAAUGCCAUGUGGGCGUUUUUUUGUUUUGGUGUCUCGUGAUUUGCAAAGAGAUAUUGUCUGGAAAACAAAGUGAUUUGCUCAUAAAUAUGCAGAAAUAUAUCAUUUGACUUAAAAACGCUUAAUGGGACACUAUAGUCACCCAGACCACUUCAGCUCAAUGAAGUGGUCUGGGUGCAAUGUCCCUCAGGUUUUAACCCUUCAGAUGCAAAAAUAGCAGUUUCAGAGAACUUGCUAUGUUUACAUUUGGGGUUAAGCCAGCCUCUAGUGGCUGUCUUCCGGACAGCCACUAGAGGCGCAUCUACGACGCUGGAGGCAUAUUAUGCCUCCAUCGUGCAGAGUGACCAUAGGAAAGCAUUGAAAGCAUGCUUUCCUAUUGACAGCUUGAAUCUGCGCGCAGCACUUGUCGCGCAUGUGGCUCUGCUGACGGCGGGGGGAGGAGAGGUCACCAGCACCAAGGGGGCUCGGCGCUGGAAUAAGGUAAGCUGCUGAAGGGAUUUUAACCCCUUCAGUGCCGCGGGAGGGGGACCCUGAGGGUGGGGGCACCCUCAGGGCACUAUAGUGUCAGGAAAACCGCUAUGUAUUCCUGACACUAUAGUGAUCCUUUAAAAACAAACAUGUAUUCCUGACACUGGUGUUAAAACCACCAUUUAGGUGGCUUGCCCCCCUUAAAAGGGUUAAAACGUACAUUAUUUCCAGCUCUCCCUGGGUCUGCAAGCAAUUACUAUGCUCACCAGAACAACUACAUUAAAGGUCAAUGAAGUGGUCUGGGUGCCAGGCCCCCCAGAUUUUAACCCUUCAGAUGUAAACAUAGCAGUUUCAGAGAAACUAUGUUUACAUUGCAGGGUUAAUCCAACCUCUAGUGGCUGUCCUUGUGACCUAAGGAUGCUAUAAACGAGUUUGUUUUACUGAACCUAUAGUGAUCCUUUAAGCUGUAGUUUUUCUGGUGACUAUAGUGUCCCUUUCAAAUAAUUUAAUGACUCAAAACGUCAAUGCUGUUUGUGAUGCAAGGAGUUUCCAUAAAUUGAAGUAUUUCAGAGGUGGUGAAAUUUGGAGGUACCCAAUUUUCAUCUGCCACAGAGGGGCAUUCUGAUCACCUCAUUGUAGAUGGUGGUUUGCUGGAAGCACAAUCAGAUGAAGCCUUGCAUAGCGGAGGGUGUAAGUGUCUCUGUCCACAAUGUUAAAUGUGUCACUCUUUAAGCAUUUUAGAAUGGUGUAAGCCUCUUUCACUAAAUAGGAACGAACCAUGAAGAUGAUUUAUUGCAGUAUAGAAAGCUGUGAUCAGCACUGGAAGGGUAAUUUAUUUUUGUGUAAAGUAACAACAAAAAAAUUACUCGAACAGGUCAGCUUGAUCACAGAGAAUGCUCUGAGAAGACUGAACAGAUACAGUAUAGUCAUCAGACAGCAGGCAAAGGGUGAAAAAAGUCAAAAUGAAUAAAUCUGUCAAAAAGGGUCAAAUUAAAAAUGAAAACAUCUGACCCCCUAUGUACUGAUUGCACUGAUCACUGCAGUAACACUGAUCACAGCAGUGGAACAACACUCUUCCUCCCCUCUCCACCAUAAUACACAGUAAAUAUGUUUUUAGCGAACACAUGACAAUGUAGCAAGGAUCUGUCUGCCUUUCUCACCUAAGAUCAAACGUAAGAGUAAAGAGAGGCAGAAAACAAUGUCUCAAACAAUGUUUGCAUUCAUUGGCUGUGACAUUGAGAGCAACCGUGGUGACAGGCUGUCACUGCGGCAAUUGGCUGCUGGGGGACUGCUGGAGUUGCAAACCAGUAGUGUUUGACUGACUGGUGGGAAAGGGGGAACAAAAUAGUUUUACGUCCUUAAUUUUUAAGGGGUCCAUUAAUUGAAAGAACACAUUGAGGGGGAGGAGAAAUAAAGCUUUGAUAAUUCAAAUAAUUAAUAAAGCAUGUUAAGCCCAAAACCUAUCAAAUGCAUUAAAGUUGUAUUGAGGCCCAGAGUGUCCUACCUAAAUGUCCUUUAUUUUUUAUGGAUAUUAUUUUGUGUCCAGCAACAGUGUAUCAAAUGUGAACACCUAGCAUAUGGGAUAUAAAUUUAGCUCAUUGGCAAUUUAGGGACAGCUGCUUCUGUACAGCUUCUUACAAAAGGCAAAAACUAUUGCUGUCCCUGUUGGUGAUAUAUGGGGUGUGCUAAAUCAUCAGGUCUGCCUUUCAGUGACACUACUUGAAUGAGAUGUAUUUGUGUGUGUGUGUGUGUGUAUGUAUGUGUGUAUAUAUGUGUGUGUAUGUGUAUAUAUAUAUAUAUAUAUAUAUAUAUAUAUAUAUAUAUAUAUAUAUAUAUAUAUAUAUAUAUAUAUAUAUAUAUAUACACACACACACACAUUUUAUUGUCUAACAAAGUAACUUUAGAGUGCAAAAUCACUAUAUUUCUCCUCUUCAGGUUUGCUUUAUCAAUGUGACCCAUAUAAUUUUUCAGCAAUGACUAGAUUGGUCAAUGAUAAAACACAAACAGUAACAUCUAGUAGUUCAUCAGUAGCAGCUUAGUGUUUAUUCAGUUUCUGUAGAUCGUGUUAAUAAUUCUUUACUUUACAGGACAUUUUGCAUGUUUGUUGCACAUUCUAUUCUGCCAUCUAAUGGUGUGUCUUAAAUUCAUGGAUUAUCACACAAACAUUUGAUUGACUGAGGUUGAACCAGAAAGUAGCACGUCAUGAUCAAAAGAGAUUAGCAUGAAAAAAUGUUUAAGUUCUAAAUAACAUAUUCACAGAAAUCAAAGCUGCUCUUGAUUUUCUUGAUCUUCUAUGGUUUUGUUUAGUUUUUUGCAAUUGCAGAGGAAAUCAUUACAUAUGUACAGCUGUUCGUGGCUAAGACCGUCAAAACAAAAUGCGAAUUGAGCAAAACCGGUGUUCUUUAGGCAAAUAGCGCUGCAGCAUUAGUUGAUCUUUUAUAGGCAUAGACUGGCAUUAUUCAUUUAGUGAUUGUGAAGGAAAUAGUCAGUGGGACCUACUUGGACAGACCUGUCCUGCAGACCAUACCAAAACAUGAACAUCUUCAAUUACCACAUCCACUUUUUUUAAUAUAAUUCUACUAAAUGAACUAAGAAAAAAAAUUCUUUCUUAAACAAUAUGGCCCAAUAUGUUAACAUUAUUGCCUUUUGUUUAUUUUCUGUAUUGUUUUAUAUUCUUUAAUUUUAUAAAAAAAGUUUUUUUGUUCAUUCUAAAAAAUAUAAUUUAGUUUUUGUUUUACUUUUCCUUGCCUUUGUUGCUUUUGAUAUUUAUUUUGCUAUUUUAACACUUUAUUAUUUUGUUUUCUAAUAGGCAUUUCUGUUGGAAUUGGUCUGCUAACAACUUUUCUGUAUGCAAACAAAUGCAUUGUAAAUCAGGUUUUUCUAAGAGUAAGUAAGCUUAUGUUUGAAAAUCAUUCUACCAAUUGUAGACAAGUAACGCACACACACAUUUUUUUUUUCGUAUUUACAGCAGAUUAGUGUACAUUUUAUUUAGAGCAAAUUAACUGUUUACUUGCCAUUGUCACAUGAUUUAGUAGCUUUCUUGUGUGUAUGAUCCUACUUAUCCAUACGUUUCUCCAUUGGGUCAUACAUGACAUAUCCAUUAGUACAUACCAUCAGCACAGGAUAAAUGAUUACACAUCAUAGGACAUAGCUUUGGUAUACCUUCAAAAUAAACAAGGUCAAAGCAGAUGCUUGCGUACAGUAUAAAACCUACUCCAAAAUUAUUUAAGUUAAAUAAACCAUACUAUUAUUCAAGUUGAAUAAAACAUUGCCAAAUGGCCAUUUUUUUGCAUACACAAAGAAAUAUAAAUAAAUAAAUCUCUACUCGUAUAGAGAAGUUGGGUAGAAACCACAAAAAAUAAAAAAUCUAUGUCUUCUCUUGUUCUAAACACCCCAUGUAAAAUAAAAUGAUUGCUCACAAGUUACUUUCACUUACUACCUCUGCCCAUUGCCAAAGAUUAUGCCCCAGGUAAGAAAAACAAAUCCUUACUUUUUCUGAUUGUAUAAUUUAAAUGGUAAGGUUUAAAUUAGACAUCACUAGUUGUCUUGCUAUGUUGGAUGAUUUUUUCUUAGCUCAGAGAGUGGAGGCACCCAUUGCCUUUUAUUUACUAAUUUAAUGCAUCCAUCCUGAAACUGGAUGUGACUUUUUAUGUCUUCCGAGCUGUGAUGUUUGCUAAUUAGCUGCCUGGAUACAGCUGGAAUUAUUUGCAGAUUUAAAGGGACACUAUAGUCACCAGAACAACUACAGCUUAUUGAAUUUGUUCUGGUGAGUAGAUUCAUUACCUUCGGGCCUUUUGCUGUAAACACUGUCUUUGCAGAGAAAAUGCAGUGUUUACAUCACAGCCUAGUGAUAACUUCACUGGCCACUCCUCAGAUAGCGGUUAUAGAUCCUUCCUGGGUCAUGGCUGCCUAAAAUGCAUCCAUACAUUCAGUGUCUCCUCCCUCUGCAUGCAGACACUGAACCUUCCUCACAGAGAUUAAUUGAUUCAAUUCAUCUAUAUGAGGAGAUGCUGAUUGGCCAGGGCUGUGUUUGAAUCAUGCUGGCUCUGCCCCUGAUCUACCUCUUUGUAAGUCUCAGCCAAUCCUAUGGGGAAGCACUGUGUUUGGAUCAGGCUACCACUUCUGAUGAUGUGCGCAGACUGCUUGUUUUUCUGAGUCUAACAGCAUGCUGAGUUACAGCUUCAGGCUUGAAUACAGUAAGAUUUUGCUUUAUUUAUGGAGGCAUGAGGGACCCAGGGGGGCUAGAUGGUGGUUUUAACAGUAUAGGGUCAGGAAUACAUGUUUGUGUUCCUGACCCUAUAGUGAUCCUUUAAAACUAUGUUUGAACUAAAAGAACCACCAGAACACCCAGAAUUAAUUAAUACUGCAUAAGAAAUGUUGAACUAUAAUUUAUCUGUACAUAAAAAAAAAAAAUCUGGAUUUUUGCUGGUAGGUAGAUCAGAUGUAGCCAAAACCUGAAUUAAUCAAUUACUAGAUUUUGAACAUUUAAGUGGUUUCACUAUACAUGCAUCAUGCUUGAAAUGUUUUAUUUUGUUUAUAUAGAAGAUGGCAAUACUACUGAGGAUAUGUUUGCAAAGUUGUGUUCAUGGGUUUUUUUUUUGUUUUGUUUUUUAAAUCUUUUUAAAUUCAUGCCUACUGAUCAAUUUUAUUUGUUUUGGCACGGAUUAAUUUUAUCAUUGUGGUGGUAUAUAUUUACACAAGUAGCAUUUUCCAUGUAAUGUUUGCAUUUAUUUACAAUGAAUUUCAAAAAAGCAUCAAUCUCCUUUUUUGCACUUUAUGUACAACUAGGUCAUAUUUUUAAGUAUAUAGUUUGCUUUACAGCAUAUUGUUUCUGCCAUUUAAUGUUAAAGGGACACUAUAGUUACCUGAACAGCUACAGGUUAAUUUAGCUGUUCUGGUGUCUAUUGCCUGUCCUUGCAGGCUUUUUCAUGUAGACUCUGCCUUUUCAUAGAAAAGGCAGUGUUUACAUUACUGCCUAGGAACACCUCUAGUGGCAGUCACUCAGAUGGCCACUAGAAGUGCUUCCUAUGGCAGUGCUGAACAAUUUGCAAUGUGCAGCACUGAUGUUCAGCAUCUCCAUGCUCUACAUGAGGAGAUUCUGAUUGAUGCAGCGUGUUUUGCCGUGCAUGCAAAUAGGAAAGCAUUGGAUUGGCUGAGAUCAUCCCAUACCAUGGGAUGAGAAACUAGGCAGUAGAACACUUGUCCUUGCAAAUACUCAGUUGGCAAAACAUUCUAUUUAGUACUUGGCAGCCUUUCAACAGUUUCUCACACAUGUAAUUGGCUGGUGUCAGUAUAUUUCCUCUGGUCUGUUUAUCUGGGCUACUCAUGGUAGUGUUGUAGAAAUCCGUCAUAUAUUAAGUAAGCUGAUGCUGACUAAAUAUAGUUUAUUAUAGUGGUUAUUGAAUAAGGAGGCUGUGGGUGCAGUCAGUUUAUCAAAACAUUUUGAGCUGUAUGCCAUAAAACAGGGAAUUUCCAGUCACCAUAACCAUGUUUUGGCUGCACAGCAGGAUUUGGCUUUGCUGAAUUACUGCAGCUGUUUCUGCAAUAGCAAACUGCUGUUGAUAUAAUGCAUGCCAUGCUAAAACAGGUCAUGAUAAUUGGGGGGGGGGGAUAUCCUAUUAUGGUUGUAGAAGAGCUAGGUUUAGAGUAAUAAGGAAACCACUUUUGUUUUUAUACUGCUUGAAAAUAGCUUGGCAAAAAAAGCACUAUACUCCUAGUUUCCUUGCACCAUAACUACUUUUUGAAAAGCUGUGAUGGUUAUGGAUACUGCAGUCCAUUUUUAAGUGGUUCUAUAGUUUUGUUUACACAGAGUUUUUAACCUUUUAAUUAAAGGGCUAAUGCUUUAAAUUGCAACAAAAUCAGAGAAUAUGAGAACUGUAACCAAAGUCAAGCUACUAAAUUUCCUUAAGCUUUUGCCAAAUCUCAGUACCCACUGCAGUCUCAAUGUUUUGCUCACUUGUGCUAUUAAAAAGAGAAUCUAUACUAUUUGCUAGGGAUGCACCGAGAUUCCGGACGAAAAUGGGCAUAUCCCGUUUCAGCCGAAAAUGGGUCAAAUCUGCCGAAAAUUACACGUGUUGUCCUGCAGUGUGUCUUGGUGCACGUGGAGGCUGUUAUCAGUGAGCGCAUCCGCGGCUGCUUUCAGUGGAAUCAGAUUGAGACACCUUCUACCCUGGCAGGGACACCGCUAGCAUGACUCCCCGGCCCGCGGCUGCAGGGGCAACAUAACAUGGUGACUGGCCCGUGGGCCGCCAUGUAUGUGCUGAGCUCGGCACCAUGGAGGCCGCCAGACUGAUCGCAUCCAGUGAGGAUCCCGCCUGCCAUGCUGAAAGUGAAGAACAACAAGGGGAGGAAGAACAAGAGGGUGAACAGCAGCGGGGACGAGCAGGAGAAUGGGGCCAUGGCGGCAGCUGCUGAAGGGACGGCGGCCACCCCGACCUGUGCAGGAGCCGCAACCACAAGCUAUGCAACCGGACAGUGUGCUCGGCUGCACAGUCUGCAAACCCCCAAAAAAGUAAGAUCCGCCUCCAGAGCACGGCCGUGUCUGGCUAGACAGGGUUAACCAUGCAUUGACUGAGAGCCACUGACAGUCCUUGGCACAGCUCUCUGGCUGGAUGUGGAGCACAGUCCAAUGGGGGGCACAGCUCUCUGGCUGGAUGUGGAGCACAGUCCAGUGGGGGGCACAGCUCUCUGGCUGGAUGUGGAGCACAGUCCAAUGGGGGGCACAGCUCUCUGGCUGGAUGUGGAGCACAUUCCAAUGGGGGGCACAGCUCUCUGGCUGGAUGUGGAGCAUAGUCCAAUGGGCGGCACAGCUUUCUGGCUGGGUGGAUGUAUUGGCUAACAUCAACCCAGCAGGACUGAGUUGUCAAUCACGCUUGUUCAAAGUCACAGCUUGAUGUCAUAUAAAUCAUUACUAUUUUAAAAUCAUUUGGAUAAUAGUCAUUUUAUGUUUUGUUUUUCGGCCAAGGGCAUCCUGAAUUUUCACUUUUGGCCCAUUCAUACUAUUUGCAUAUCAGACUGAUCCCACCUAUAAGGGCAGUUCAGAACAGCAAUGCCAACAAGUUCUCUCUGUACAAGAUACAGCAACCCCAACUAUUGUUUUGGCCUUCUUUUGGGCCUCAUCAGCGAGGUCCCCAAAAGUACCCCAUCAUAACCAGGAACCCCACAGAAGUUACAUCCCCAGAUAGCUCUGAUUGGAGUGUACAAUUUGGCCAAGUAUCACUCAGAUACAUUCAACAGAAUUGAAUUGCCACCGGG